CCCCUGGAGAAAUAUGAGACCACAUUUGUUUGUCAAGUCUCAUGAUCUGAUUUUGGUCACGUGACUCGCGUCCAUGCGAUUGUAGCCGUACUGAACGCUGAAAGAGUUUGGGAGGAGAGACAGGGAACAUCGCAUAUGAGAGGAGAAUUCAUAAUGAUUAUAUUUCAGCCGUAGAAUACCCAUGUAAGAAGAGAAAGCGAAAUGGACUAAAAUGCGUUUUGAAAUCAUGAACGCCGGCAAGGUGAAAUUAUGCGCGUCACUUUGUAUGUGGCUUGGAAUAGUUACCUGGAUAGGAAAUGUGAAGUUGCAUCUCUGGUCCGUGUAUGUCCAACAAUCCACUGAACGAGACAUUGCAUUUUCUCUUGCAAACGAGCAGGUGAAUAUUUCUAAAAGACACGCGUCGGGAUUGCGCGAUGGGAAAACUUUUAAUAUUCGCUCUCCGGUCAUUCUGGAUAACGUGAUCGAGCACCGGGUCUUCUGGAGCGCGUGGCUGGAAGGUCUCUCGACUCGUGUUUUUGACGUUGAGCACGAGAGGAAGUGGAGAGAGCAGGUUCGGGACGCUCGGGUGGUUGUACUGGAAGCGGGCUGCGGCAGACCCACAAACCGCCUUGCGACCUUUGCCGACGGCACAAGAGCAUGCGUGCGAUACGGCAUCGACGCGGAUCAAGUGCUGGGCGAAACGCUCUCGUAUUAUCUAGCGGAACUGCUUGGGAUUUCCAACCUUCCGCCCUUGGCGCUUUCCAAACUGAAUCUGUCCAGUGAGCAGUGGGCAAGUGUGCGGGGAAACAUCGAGGCGUUAGAAUGGUCGCCAAAUGCCAUUGUGUCUCUCACCGAGUUCAUCCCAAAUGUCACUGGAGUGUUUAUCCCAUUACAUUUACGCAAACAGCAAGGAGCAGGAAUGCAACUCUUUGCUGAGACUAUGUCUAACAUGACUGUAACAUACCUGGUUGAACUGAUGCAGUGGAGUGAUCUGAUCAUAUUUGAUUAUUUAACAGCUAACUUUGACCGAAUCGUCAGUCAUAUUUUCAGUCUCCAAUGGGACGCCCGCGUUAUGGAGAGGACCACUAAUAACCUUCUCAAAACACUCCGUGGACAUUUGCUUUUUAUUGACAACGAGGCAGGGCUUGUUCACGGAUACAGAGUGCUUGACCUCUGGGAGCGAUAUCACAGACUGCUGCUGAGUUCGUCGUGUAUAUUUCGGAAAAGUACAGUCCGGCGUAUUUCUGAGAUGAAGCGCUCCGGAAACAGCGCGAAGUUACUGUUUGAACUGUACCGCGCGAGGGAACCGUUGGCGCGCGAACUGGGCUCUCUGUCUGAAGAGCACGCGCUUACAUUGCAGAACAGAAUUGAUGUCGUUUACAAACACAUUAAGCAGUGCACAGAAAUCAUGUAGAUAUUUGCGACCUCAGGUGUUUCUAUUUGUAGGUGCCACACGUUGGUCUGUAAAUACAUUGUUGU